AUAUAUAUACAUGCAGUAGGUAUGAGGCUAAUUAGUUGUUGGAGCAGCAAGAUUGCAUGUUUUAAGCUUGGCUUUCAUUUAGCUAAGUGUAUCACAUAUGUUCUUUAUUACCCAUCAUAAUAACAUAAUCAAACAACUUUAAUCUAACAGCACAUUCACAUAACAAUAAACCAAACAUGGCCAGAUAUCAUAUGAUCUUGACAUUCCUUGUAAAGUUGCUGCUGUCAUCUGUCUCUGCUGCUACAAACAGUACCUCAGACAUUCGCCAAGCCAUCGAGGAGAUGAGGACAGCAAAUUAUUUCACCUUUAUAAUGCUGAUUAACAUGGCCCCUGAUGACCUUGUAAAAGGAAACAUCACUUUCUUGAUGCCAAGAGAUAAGACACUGUCCCAAACACUAAUACAAGAAAACAACGUGGUAGAUUUCUUGCAACGACAUUCCUUACCAUCACCGUUGCUUUUUGACCACCUCCAACACUUCCCAACAGGAUCCAUGAUACCAACUUCAAAACCUGACCUUUUCCUCAGAGUCAACAAUUCUGGAUACAUGCAUUUGUUUCUCAACAAUGCUCGAGUCGUUAGUCCAAAUAUCUGCACUAAAAGUGCUUCCAUCAGAUGCCAUGGCAUUGAUCAAGUCCUGGAAGGUGCCACUUUGCCAUCUGAACAUAAUAAUACCAGUCUUCCUGUGCCUCCACCUUGUGAUCAUAACAUUACGAUCCCGCCUUUUGGGCUGGUUGCACCACCUCCUGUAAUGUCACCACCAUCUGCAGCACAGCCAGUAAGUAGCAACAUUAGUCCGAUUCCAUCAUCAACUCCACCUCUGAAAUCUGCAGUAUCUUUAAGUAAAACCGGAAUAACUGGGCUUAUUUGGUUGCUGAUGGCCGUGAAGUUAUCUCUUUGAUCGAAACUUAGGCUUCUAGCUGAAUCAAAGCAAGAGAGCAAGCUUGUAUAUGGAGGCCAAACGGGGAUAUACUGAUAUAUUACUGAAUUUGUAUUAUUGCAUAUGGUACUUCUACUCUAUUUAAACUUUGUUGUUUGUUUUGCCACUUUCUAUAGAUGCUCUAAAUGUAUCUUAUGUUUUGAACUAGAUAAAGUCCACAAACAACUUUUUGUACUAAAAGGGUUUGAAGUAUUAAUUGACAAUUCUGCAUUGUUGUGUUGGUUUGAA